AAAUUUUAUUACAAGUCCUAGUGCUAGCCAGUGAAAUAGCUGUUAUCAUCACGUUUUACUUUUUCCAACGACAAUGAUGUUAAGUUUAAUGUUUUUUGUUUAUUCAUUGUUUGGUUUACACCUAAUUCCGAAUUAUAUAGAAUGCGCACCAUCAGAGGCGAGUUCGAGUAAGACGGCGGCUUACGAUUGGCAAUGGCUACAGUCCAUAAAUCGUAUACCGAUGGGCAAAUCACAUAAAUUGUCGCACCAGCAAAUGUAUCUGUUGUCAGAGAAUCCGGCGGAUUCUGCGGGCGGCCUAGAAAUGUACACGCAGAAAAUGAGAGAACUGAAAUGCAUUUACGGCAGAAUCUUUCAGGGUAUGUUCGACUACACAAAUAGGGUGCUGACACGGAAUGCGAACGUUACGGAAGCGUGGCCGGCGUUGGAAGAGUUUAAAAAAAAAAUCGCCAAAAUGUUUUCCGCUCUGCUAGCGGCAAACGACCAUGCGUACCCGUGGAUGUGGCGCGUUUACUUCAUGGUGUACGCCGUCGAAAGGCCAACGCUGACCGAGUUCAUUUCCAGUUACAAAACCGACACCGUGUUAAAAGGCAACAUCUACACGUUUGUCGAUUCGUGUACCGCGCAACAUUACCUGCACCCGUCGGGUAACACAAACGCCGAACAGUAUGUGAUCGACAGUUUAACGGUGCAGGGCCAAAACCAAUCGGACUACGCCUAUCAAAAUGCCAAUUUGUUUGGCAUGGACGAAUUGUUACUGAAAGCAUUUCGCACAGACUCCAUGUUCGAGCGAUCCCGAGUUAACGAUUUCCAAGACAAGUUGAAAAAGCGACUGUUCGCCGUUUGGGAUGCGCCGAGGAGUGAUUUCUACUCGAAACACAUCGAUCUCGUCAUUCACCACAAUUUGAUCGCCACGUUAAUACAUUGUUCCAUUUCUCACUAUGUUUGGAUGUAUUUGGACACGGUCAAGAAAGAUCAAUCAGUCAAUACCCAAACCGCUUUGGAUGCGUUGAUGUCGCCCUUAAACCUCGCCGUCAAGCUGUUGGAUAACCACAGCGAUGAGUUUUACAACGAUUUGCUGUCGAAAAUCCAGUCGAGAACGGUCAGUGCGGGAACGUUGCCGGGUCUUUUGGCUAAGGCCAAAGAGAACUUUGGUAGUCAUUUUUCCUCGUUGAGCGUACACGGAGCGUCACGAAACAACAUAGAACUCAUUGAAAUGUUGACGAAAAAAAAAAGUAACUCUGAUAAGAAUACUGCUUCAAUAUUCGCGUCCGAUUUAAAAAAUUAUAUAAAAAAACUCGGUAGUUUUUCGUUCGAGUUGAUUGAUUUUUAUAAAUCAAGUACAGUUGGAAAUAAUUAAAUAGUAUAUUAAAAUAAUAACCCACAUUUACCAUGAAUUAAAAUGUAUUACAAUAAUGUAACUGCACUCCUCGUCACUUUUAUUAAUUAAUCGGUAUCACUUUUAUAAUUUUAAGCAAACACUGUAUACUGCAUUUUAGUCUGUAUUUAUAAUUAAUGCCUGUCAUGGCGUACAUAAAUUAAUUAAAAUCCUAUUUUAAAUGUCACAACAUCACUUUU